AUGUUGGAAUUGCGACGAGGUAGGACAUUUCGCGCGGGAAUGCAAGGGAAAGCCGCGUAUGCAUUGUUACCGAUGCGGGAAGGCGGAAGUUACGUUGCGCACGUGCCCGAAUUGUACGGGAAACGCGUAAAGGAGUCGAAAGCCGGGGGUAACUCGACUCCUUCGCCUAAACCCCCUCAGCGUGAGGUCGCGUCGGGAAGGGAGGUGGCGUACAGCGCAUUCGGGCCAAAUUGCUCCUCUUCUCUAUUAUUUUUACGCGUCACGAUGUCGGGUCGGGAGUUACGCGCAUUGGUGGAUUCUGGCUCAAGUCGCACUUUCUUAGGCUCGGAAGCUGUCGAUUUGCUUAAGGGCGCCGGAUUUUCGUUUCGCUCAGGGAGCGGACCGCGCGUGACCACCGCCACGAACCAGACGACGCGGGUGAGGGGAGAGACCGAGGUCCCGAUAACGCUUGGUGGGAGAACUCGUAAUCUCCGCGUGUGUUCGUUGCCGACGUUGGCCUUGCCGUGCAUAUUGGGCAUGGACUUUUUGGCGGCCUUCGGGAUUGUCGUGAAUUUUGUGCAGAGAGCGUGGAUCUUCGAGGACAAUCCGUCGCGUCGGUACCGGUUCGAGGAGGAGUCCGCGAACUUCGUAUCGAGCAUAGUCACCGCCUCGCUGGUGGGCGAGGAAAUGACAGACGCGGCGCCACCGGUAUCGGGGAAACGCGAGGGGGAAAGCACGCCGAAGAUGCUCGCGUUGGAAUAUUCGUGUGAUCGCGAGGCCCCUCCGGGGGAGGGGGAGGCGACCGACAGUACCACGUUAGAGAAAGCGUCGAGUAGUUUACGGACCCCACAAGAAGGGGGGAAGACGGGGGGAUUAAUCGAAUUGUCGGACAAUGAGAGAGCGCGAUUAGAAAGAUUUUUGGCGACCGAGGUAACAGGCGAUCCGGAGAGACCGGGAACGACAAGUUUGACGGAACACCGUAUUGACGUUGGGGGGCACGCGCCCAUUAAGCAGAGGUAUUAUCCAGUUUCGCCAAAGGUACAGGAGGCGAUCUACAAGGAAGUAGAUAAAAUGUUAGAUGCGGGGAUAAUCGAACCAUCGAACAGCGAAUGGUCGACCCCCAUAGUAAUGGUAAAGAAACCGAACGGCAGCUAUCGGUUUUGCUUAGAUUUCAGAAAGUUGAAUAGCGCAUCGAAGAAAGACGCCUACCCCUUGCCUUACAUGAACGCGAUACUGGAUAAGCUACGAGCCGCGCGAUACAUAUCGACCAUUGACUUGAGCCAGGCAUAUUUCCAAAUCCCGCUCGAGAUAAAUAGUCGCGAGUUAACAGCCUUUACCGUGCCGGGAAAAGGCUUGUUCCAUUUUACGCGCAUGCCGUACGGAUUGACAGGUGCCCCGGCAACUUUCCAAAGGCUAUUAGAUCGCUUAAUAGGUCCGGAGAUGGAACCGCAUGCCUUCGCUUAUUUAGAUGACAUCGUCGUGGUAACGCCUACAUUCGAAGAGCAUAUUAAAUGGCUUAAGAAAGUUUUCGAGCGCAUUAGAGAAGCCGGGUAA